GGACGUCACCCGUUAAACUUCCUCUCUCAGCCACACAGGAAGCUGAGACGGCUCAGGGCCCAGCCCCGAGAAAGCACAGGCCCCCAGGACCCCUGGGGAAAGGGUCCCGCUGGGCCAGCCCUCCAGGGACCAUGGGAUCCACAGCUGAAAGGGGUCCCCCUGCCCUGUUUGAUUGGUUCUUUGAAGCAGCCUACCCUGCCUCCCUGCAGAAAGAUCCCCCCAUCCUGCGGCAGUUCCCCCCAGACUUCCAGGACCAGGAGUCUAUGCAGAUGGUGCCUAAAUUCUGCUUCCCUUUUGAUGUGGAAAGGGAGCCCCCCAGCACCGCUGUACAGCAUUUCACCUUCGCGCUCACGGAUCUGACCGGCACCCGCAGGUUUGGUUUCUGCCGCCUGCGGGCUGGUGCUCUCAGCUGUCUCUGUAUCCUCAGCCACCUGCCUUGGUUUGAGGUGUUCUACAAGCUGCUGAACACAGUGGGGGACCUCCUGGCUCAAGACCAAACCUCCAGCCUGAGUCAAGACCCUCAGAGUCCCCAACCCACGUCCUGGCUCAGAUAUCCCACCCCCACUCAGGUCUCAGAGGUGGACGAACUUCUUCUAAAUCUGCUGCAGCAGCCCCUUCCUGGGACCCAGGCCUCAGUAGAUCUGGAGUUGGGCAGUGGAGUGAGGAUUGCCAGUGCAGAAGGCCUGCAGUCCCCUGUCCCUGGGAAGAACAUGUCGCUUUCCUGCUUCGUGGCUCCCGACUCCAGCCGCCUGCCAUCCAUUCCUGAGAACAGGAACCUAACGGAGCUAGUGGUGGCGGUGACCGACGAGAACAUCGUGGGACUGUUCGCCGCCCUCCUGGCAGAGCGAAGGGUCCUGCUCACGUCUAGCAAACUGAGCACACUGACCUCCUGUGUCCACGCGUCCUGCGCUCUCCUGUAUCCCAUGCACUGGGAGCACGUGCUGAUCCCCACGCUGCCGCCGCAUUUACUGGACUACUGCUGCGCGCCUAUGCCCUACCUCAUCGGAGUGCACGCCAGUCUCGCUGAGAGAGUGCGGGAGAAAGCCCUGGAGGACGUCGUGAUGAUGAACGUCGACUCCAAUAUCUUGGAGACACCCUUCGACGAUGUGCAGGCGCUGCCCCCAGACGUGGUGUCUUUACUGAGGCUGCGGCUAAGGAAGGUCGCGCUGGCCCCUGGGGAAGGGGUGUCCCGUCUCUUCCUCAAAGCCCAGGCCCUGCUUUUCGGAGGGUACCGCGAUGCGCUCGUCUGCAGCCCGGGCCAGCCUGUCACCUUCAAUGAAGAAGCCUUCUUGGCCCAGAAACCCGGGGCGCCGCUGCAGGCCUUCCACCGGCGGGCUGUGCACCUGCAGCUGUUCAAACAGUUCAUCGAAGGCCGACUGGAGAAGCUGAACACAGGUGAAGGCUUCUCAGACCUCUUCGAACAGGAGAUCACUUGUAGUGGGGCCUCCUCAGGGACACUCCGCUCCUACCAGCUUUGGGCAGACAACCUGAAGAAAGGUGGUGGUGCCCUUCUGCACUCCGUCAAGGCCAAGACCCAACCAGCUGUCAGGAACAUGUACCGCUCGGCAAAGAGCGGCUUGAAGGGUGUGCAGAGUCUUCUCAUGUACAAGGAAGGGGACUCUGGCCUGCAGAGGGGGGGCUCCUUGAGGGCCCCUUCCCUCACCAGCCGCUCAGAUCGCCUGCAGCAGCGCCUGCCUAUCACCCAGCACUUUGGACAGAAUCGGCCCCUUCGCCCUAGGAGUCGCCCCAGCAGGAGACUCAGGCUGGAAGAGAAACCUUCUGAGUCCCUGGAAGAGAGGACACCCUCCCUGAGCCCAGAGGAUGCUCAGGACCCGUGGGCAGAGGAAGCGCUGGACGGCAGCUUCCUGGGGUCUGGAGAAGAACUGGAUUUGCUAAGUGAGAUAUUGGAUAGCCUGAGCACGAGAGCCACGCGGACUGGUAGCCUGCGGCCCAGCCAGAGUUUAGACUGCUGCCACAGAGAGGACUUGGACAGCUGCCUCAGCCUGGUGAGAGCCCCACUCCCCGGCCCCCCAGUCCUUCCCCAUUUGUCCAUCCAACCAGCCAGCACCUGCUUCAUCCAAAGGCCAGCAACCUGCCCAUCUCCCACCCCUACCCAGCCUGACAUACCAGGAAGGUCGAGUUGGCAAGCGGAUGACAAACCGCCAGAGCCCCAGCACCCGCCCCUGCUGCCUCUGCACACCUCUCAGCCUUCGGAUGCCACAAGCUCAGGGAAGCACCCCACUCGCCAACUGCCCUCAGAGACCGGCACAGAAAUCGAGUCUCCAUCCCAGUCUUUGACAGCUUCUGCAGACCCCAGCAGCAAAGGGGACCCUGGAUCCUCUCCCACAGAGCCCCAGCCUCUCCACUUCUCCCCUCCCCAUGAAGCAACUGAAGAUCCCACAGCCCAGGAGGACCUCUGCUCCCAGCUCUUGGCAGCACCCAGCCAGCCCAGCCCUCCAGAAAGCCCCCAACCUGAGCCCAAUUUGGGUGUUACCUGGACAUCCCAAGCCCUUGAUUCUGUCUCGGAUCCGGGUUCCUCAGAGAACCCCGGAGCCUCACCUUCAGAGGGCCUGCUCGCAGUUCACCUCCAGCCCCUCGAGGAGCCAGAAGCCCCCAGGUCCCCAGCUGCACCUACAAGCAACUGGCAGGAGCCCCAGGCCAGGAGCGGGCCCAGAGUCGCUGAGCUUAAAAAGUGUUUUGAAGGUUAAGGACCAAGGAUCUGGGAGAGACUCUGGCCCCUUGUUAUUAAAGCCUCAAGAGCCCAAA